CAAAAUUUUUGAGUGGAGCAGCGAGCUAGCGCGAGCUGGGCAGCAGAUCGCCGUCGAAGGACCUCGACCCUUUGCCCUGCGAUGCGCCCGAGAGGCGCCGACUGCCGCCGAGCCAGUCAGGCGUGCGGAUGGAGUGCUGAAAGAUAAUGAGCAGGCCUGCUGCUAGACCAGCACUAGGACCUUCUGUAGGAAACCAGCCGCUCCGGGAGCCUCCCAAUGCGGUUGCGCAGCCCUCCAAAGGGAUGUCCCAGCCACGCCUUCUCAGUAUCCUGCUGGCGCUGGUAUUGUGCGUCCAGGGGUCCUCAGCCCAGAUCUUGGACUUUGCCUUUGAGAACUGGAAGGCCUAUAGCGAAGAGUGCAAUCACAACAUGAGCCUCCUGCCACCACCUACUGAACUGGUCUGCAACCGAACCUUUGACAAGUACGCCUGCUGGCCUGAUGCACAGCUCAACAGCACAGUCAGUGUUUCCUGCCCCUGGUUCCUGCCCUGGUAUGAUCAAGUGAAGCAUGGCUAUGUAUUCAAGAAGUGUGGCCCAGAUGGGCAGUGGGUGAGCGGGCCCGAAAAUAAGUCCUCGCGUGAUGCUUAUCAGUGUGUGAAGAAGGACAACGGCACCAACUUUGACCAGGAGAUGUUUGCCAGGAUCAAGGUGAUGUACACAGUCGGCUACUCGGUGUCACUCUGCGCCCUGCUCCUGGCCUUGGCUGUGCUGCUAGGCUUCAGCAAGCUGCACUGCAUGCGCAACUACAUCCACAUGAACCUCUUCACCUCCUUCAUCCUGAAGGGCGUCUCGGUGCUUAUCAUCGACACUCUGCUCAACACCCGCUUCAGCGAGAAGAUUGACGACUACAGUGUGAGCCUCUGGCUGACUGAUGAGGCAGCAGCAGGAUGCCGGGCAGCCACUGUGUUCAUGCAGUACGGCACUGUGGCCAAUUACUGCUGGCUGCUAGUGGAGGGGAUCUAUCUGCACAACCUGCUGGUGCUGGCCGUCUUCUCUGAGCGCAGCUACUUCACCAUCUACCUCUGCAUUGGCUGGGGGGCCCCAGUACUCUUCAUUGUGCCAUGGGUGGUGGUGAAAUUUCUUUAUGAAAAUAUCCAAUGCUGGAGUGCCAACAAUAAUAUGGGUUUCUGGUGGAUCCUGCGUUUCCCUGUGUUCCUGGCCAUCUUGAUCAAUUUCUUCAUUUUCAUCCGUAUAAUUCAGAUCUUGGUCUCCAAGCUUCGUGCUCAUCACAUGCGCUACACAGACUACAAAUGCCGGCUGGCCAAAUCAACACUGACGCUUAUUCCGUUGCUGGGUAUCCAUGAGGUGGUUUUUGCCUUUGUCACCGAUGAGCAUGCCCAGGGCACACUGCGCUAUGUCAAGCUCUUCUUUGACCUCUUCUUCACCUCCUUCCAGGGAAUGCUGGUGGCCAUUCUCUAUUGCUUUGUGAACAAAGAGGUACAGUCAGAGCUCAAGAAGAAAUGGACACGCUGGAAGCUUGGUCGGGACAUAGAAGAAGAGUACAAGCACACCUACAGCCACACACCCAAUGUCCGCAAUGGGGGUGCCAGCACCUGUGAAAAGCACACACUGGUUGGCAACUACCUCAAUGGGCUAGGCCGCAGCCAAGCCACUGUACAGACCAGCACACAAUAUCUGGAGAGGACAGCCUGCAGUGCCAGUGAGAACCUGGCAGUGGGUGAGCAGCCCCAUUGCUAUGAAUUCCCUGACACGGCCGAAAGCAACUUCUGAAGCCGGCUUACACAUCUGCCCCGGUGUAUGGGACCUGCCCAACUCCUUGACCCUGAAGCAGCUAGGCUGUGGAGCAAGGACAGCAGCUGACAGCCCAGGCAUUGGACUUGGAGGAGGAGUGAAACAUGUGACUGGAAAUUGUGCCCUCUGUUAAGCUGCCUGGAGCCGAUACGCCUGAACAAGUUCUUUUUUGUGUUUGAGACACAUGCACAAGACCCUGUGAGACGAGCCAUCCUGUCUGUCCGCAUGUACCAUUCUUCAUGGGUGAGCCCUGUGUGUAUGUAAGCAGAAUGGAACUGGCCUGUGACAACCUGGCUUUGGGGCUUGGUAAUGGGAGUGACAGUGCCAAAAAGGUUUUGUGUGGAAAGGGGUGCUGUGAUAUUUCUAGGGGCUCCGAUCAUCCAGACACUAGAGUGUGUCAUGAUCAGUCCUGAUCAAACUCCUGAGAAUCUCAGAUUUUGUGGGGUUUUAAAAAAUAAAUUAAAAAAAUAAUCAGAUUUCUAGUGCUUGUAGUUGCAGAGAAAAAGUACAGGAGAAAACCAGCAGCUUUUGUGAAAAGUCAAGAAGACAGAGCAAGCCUGUCUUCCACUGGUCACAAUAGGGAAUGACAACCCUCAAUUUGACCUAUGAUUUCCCCCCUCCCCUCCAGAUCUUAUUAUUAUUUUUACAUUUAUAUCUCGCUCUUCCUCCAAGGAGCCCAGAGCGGUAUACUACAUACUUGAGUUUCUCUUUCACAACAACCCUGUGAAGUAGGUUAGGCUGAGAGAGAAGUGACUGGCCCAGGGUCACCCAGCUAGUUUUCAUGGCUGAAUGGGGAUUUGAACUCGGGUCUCCCCGGUCCUAGUCCAGCACUCUAACCACUACACCACACUGGCUCUCUUGGUAAUAUCUGAACAAAAUAUUCUGCCAGCAGGGGAUGGAGGGAGGAGAGACUCUGAAACAAAUUAUGCGGCAAAACAUGCACCUUUAUACAUACUUGUUCAACAACUGGCAUUGCAAAACUGCCGAGGGCCAAAUUUGAUGUGGUGCUGGGGGUUUCCCUGUGACUGUGAUCUAUGGAUGUCUUCCUUUUUCAAAAAGCAAUGGGGGUUGGGUGCAAUUUGGAUCAGAGUUAUGGCCUGCAGGAGGAGGACUCUCAACCUUUUGUCUCACACUAGAUGAACCCCGAUCCAAAUCCACUCCCCUGCCGCAGCUAUUAACCAUGAUGGGGAAAUAUGAGAACAAAAUUGUGCCCACUCCUUUGCAGUUAAAAGCAGCUUCAGAAGGUUGACUGACCUCAGCAAAAUCAUCAUGGGGCAGAGUUACAAGAUGACUCCUCCACACCAUGGCUCCAAUUCAAAUCUUAGUGCCUUCCCACCCACGUGGAGGGCUUUUUUUUUUUAAAUCAGACUCGCAUCAACCACAGAACUCCCACAUCACAUCUACUUUGGGCCUGAGUGCAUAAGAGGAUAUGGGCUUUCUAGAUCUCUUUUUGCAGAUUUAAGAACAUAGGAAGCUGCCAUAUACUGAGUCAGACCACUGGUCCAUCUCACUCAGUAUUGUCUACACAGACUGGCAGCGGCUUCUCCAAGGUUGCAGGCAGGAAUCCCUCUCAGCCCUAUCUUGGAGAUGCUGCCAGGGAGGGAACUUGGAACCUUCUGCUCUUUCCAGAGUGGUUCCAUCCCCUGACGGGAAUAUCUUGCAGUGCUCACUCAUCAAGUUUCCCAUUCAUAUGCAACCAGGGCAGACCCUGCUUAGCUAAGGGGACAAGUCAUGCUUGCUACUACAAGACCAGCUCCCCUCUCCUCUAUAUGUUUGGACAUUUAACUGUUUGAAUGUUCUUUGCCUCCUGGUCACAUGGGGUUGGCAGUGAGCAUGCCUCAUGAAGGGGGCACAGGCCAUCAGGUAGCUCACAGAUCUUGGGAGUGAAAUGAGUGGGGUUCAGGAAGCAUUAGCCUAGUUCUCCCAACCAGCAAGAGGUUAGGACAAGCACCCCACUCAAGUUCAGGAACUGUGGUCAUUCCCAUUUUGUGACCAUGUGCUCAUAGAAAGUAAGUAGGAAGCAAGCAAAGUGAUCAUCUGCAAGGCUCUCGCUGGAUAGGAGGGCUUUUCCUCUUACCUCAUUAAGCAGCUGGGUGCUGGAGUAGGACGGAGGCCUCCUACGCAGUGGUCAUGAGAACCUGCCUGUUGCCUACACAGCUGAGGAGGAAACCCUAUUACCAUAAUACAUAUAUGUGGAAGUGACAAUGUUCAGUCAGGUUGCGAGUAGCACUAACCAUCUAUCAUAUAUGUGGCUGUACCAUUGUGUCAACACUAUGGACAUGCUUGCUCCUUUUGCUCUGGGAGAACACUUUUCUUGGGUAACUGUGCAUGGCAUUUCAUGUGCAUGGGCAAUUCAAGCUCUGAAGGCCACCUCUGUGUUUGUGUAUGUCUGUUUGUCAAUGCCAAUGUGCCAGGGACUGAUGACCCCCAAUAAACUGUGCUGUGUGUCCUGGCAAA